CGGGGCUCGGGGCCGGGCCCCGGGGGAGCCGCCACCAUUGCGUCCAACGAGUGGAGCGCCAACGGGAGCCCAGAAGAUGGGCUGGACGGGGACAGCGAGGACAAAGCCAUCGACGGGGACGCGGAGGGCGUGUGGAGCCCCGACAUCGAGCAGAGCUUCCAGGAGGCCCUCGCCAUUUACCCGCCCUGCGGCCGCAGGAAGAUCAUCCUGUCGGACGAGGGCAAGAUGUACGGUCGCAAUGAACUGAUAGCACGGUACAUCAAGCUGAGGACGGGGAAAACUCGCACCAGGAAACAGGUGUCUAGUCACAUACAGGUGUUAGCACGCAAGAAGGUCCGUGAGUACCAGGCGGGGAUCAAGGUUUCUAGCCACUUGCAGGUUCUCGCCCGGAGAAAAUCUCGCGAGAUCCAGUCAAAGCUAAAGGCAAUGAACUUGGACCAGGCGUCGAAGGACAAGGCCCUGCAGAACAUGGCGGCCCUGUCGUCAGCCCAGAUCGUGUCUCCCAGCAUGAUGAAGAGUCAUCUUCCUCCUCUGCCUCCUGCUCCCUACCAGCCCGGCAGAUUCUGGUCGGCACCCAUCCCGGGCCAGCCUGGACCUUCUCAGGAGCUGGUUCUAGAUCUCAACCCAGGAAGGACUCCUGGGCUUGGUCGCACCAGCCAUGCCAUCAAGCCUUUUGCACAGCCGCCUUACCCCAGCCUCUCAGGUCCGGUACCACAGUCCAUACCAAGCUAUGAGCCCUUGGCUCCGCCCCCUGCGCCCACGGCUACAGCGGUGCCCGUGUGGCAGGACCGGACCAUCGCCUCCUCCAAGCUGCGCAUGUUGGAGUACUCCGCCUUCAUGGAAGUCCAGAGAGACCCGGACACUUACAGCAAGCACCUGUUUGUCCACAUAGGCCAGACCAACCCGUCCUACAGCGACCCGCUCCUGGAGGCCGUGGACAUCCGGCAGAUCUACGACAAGUUCCCUGAGAAGAAGGGCGGCCUCAAGGAGCUCUACGAGAAAGGCCCCCAGAACGCUUUUUUCCUCGUUAAAUUUUGGGCGGACCUGAACAGCAGCGGCAUGCAGGACGGUCCAGGCUCCUUCUACGGUGUGAGCAGCCAGUACAGCAGCAUGGAAAACAUGACCAUCACUGUCUCCACCAAGGUCUGCUCCUUUGGCAAGCAGGUGGUGGAAAAGGUGGAGACGGAGUACGCCCGGCCAGAGGGAGGCAAGUGUGUGUACAGGAUCCACCGCUCGCCCAUGUGCGAGUACAUGAUCAACUUCAUCCACAAGCUCAAACACCUGCCUGAGAAGUACAUGAUGAACAGUGUACUGGAGAACUUCACCAUCCUGCAGGUGGUGACCAAUCGUGACACGGAGGAGACCCUGCUGUGCAUCGCCUUCGUCUUCGAGGUGUCCACCAGCGAGCACGGCGCUCAGUACCACGUCUACAGACUGGUGAAGGACUGACAUCAGCAACAUUUUCUGUGCCACAACACCACACACACACACACACACACACACACUCACACACACACACACAAGGAAUAAAAACCUACCAGUACAGCGGAGGAAGGUGAUUGACUGUUGAAGGAAGGAAGGAGGAGGUGUGGAAGCCAAGGAGAAGACUCUCCUGACGGGGCUCUUGCAGCCAGACCAAGGAAUAGGACCCCGGGGGCAGAGCAGUGGUGUUUGCAGUAGUUUGUGUUAGGAACAACAAAGUGCCUUUUUUCUUCUCCAAAGACGCCUGCCACUCUUGAUUGCCUUUUGUACUACCUCUUGUGUUGUGUAAACCAGCACAUCAUGUUCACACAAUUGGACAUAACGCCCUCACAUGUCACCUAUGAACAAUCAAAGCCCUGACAUGUCACCUAUGAACACUCAAAACCCCUCACAUGUCACCCAUGAACAAUCAAAACCCCUUCACAUGUCACCUAUGAACACUCAAAACUCUCACGUCACUUUUGAACACUCAAAACCCUCACAUGUCACCUAUGAACACUGAAAACCCCUUCACAUGUCACCUAUGAACACUCAAAAUCCCCACACAUCACCUAUGAACAAUCACAGCCCUCACAUGUUACGUUUGAACACUCAAAACCCUGGCAUGUCACCUAUGAGCACUCAAAGCCCUCACAUGUCACCUAUGAACAAUCAAAACCCUCUCAUGUCACCUACAUGAAAACUCAAAGCCCUCACAUGUCACCUAUGAACACUCAAAAUCCCUUCACAUUACACUUGUGGACAAUCAAAGCCCUCACAUGUCACCUACGUGAAAACUCAAAAGCCCUCGCAUGUCAUCUAUGAACACUCGAAACCCCUUCACAUUACACGUAUGUACACUCAAAGCCCUAACAUGUCAAGGCGUCCCACUGGGUGUGAAUUCUCCCUGCCCACUGGGUGUGAGUUUUCCUUGCCCUUCUGUGGGUUCUUCCGAGGAUGUCGUAGUCGUAGUGGUUUGUACAGUCUUUUGAGACAUUUAUGAUUUAGGGCUAUAUAAAUAAACAUUGAUUGAUUGAUUUUGGGACGGCGUGGCGCAGUGAGAGAGUGGCCGUGCGCAACCCGAGGGUCCCUCGUUCAAAUCCCACCUAGUACCAACUUCGUCACGUCCGUUGUGUCCUGAGCAAGACACUUCACCCUUGCUCCUGAUGGGUGCUGGUUGCCGCCUUGCAUGGCAUCUCCCUCCAUCAGUGUGUGAAUGUGUCUGUGAAUGGGUAAAUGUGGAAGUAGUGUCAAAGCGCUUUGAGUACCUUGAAGGUAGAAAAGCGCUAUACAAGUACAACCCAUUUAUCAUUUAUUUAUGAUUAUGAACACUCAAAUCCCUCAAAUGUCAUCCAAGAACACUCAAAGCCCUUACAUGUCACCUAUGAACACUCAAUCCUCACAUGUCACCUAUGAACAAUCAAAGCCCUCACAUGUCACCUAUGAACAAUCAAAGCCCUCACAUUUCACCUAUGAACACCCAAAGCACUCACAUGUCACCUAUAAACAAUCAAAGCCCUCACAUGUCACCUAUGAACAAUCAAAGCCCUCACAUGUCACCGAUGAAUACUCAAAACCCUCACAAGUCACCUACAUGAAAACUCAAAGCCCUCGCAUGUCACCUAUGAACAAUCAAAACCCUCACAUUUCACCUAUGAACACUCUAAACCCCUUCACAUUACACUUAUGUACAAUCAAAGCCCUCACAUAUUACCUACAUGAAAACUCAAAAGCCCUCACAUGUCACCUAUGAACACUCAAAGCCUUCACAUGUCAUUUAUGAACACUCAAAGCCAUUAAAUGUCACCUAUGAACACUCAAAAUCCUCACAUGUCACUUAUGAACAAUCAAAGCCCUCACAUGUCCCUUAUGAACAAUCAAAGCCCUCACAUUUCACCUAUGAACACUCAAAGCACUCACAUGUCACCUAUGAACAUUCAAAUCCCUCUAAUGUCACCUAUGAACACUGAAAACCCUCACAUGUCACCUAUGAACAAUCAAAGCCCUCUCAUGUCACCUAUGAACAAUUGAAGCCCUCACAUGUCACCUACAUGAACAUUCAAAGCCCUCACAUGUCACCUAUGAACACUCAUAGCCCUCACAUGUCACCUAUGAACAAUCAAAGCCCUCUCAUGUCACCUAUGAACAAUCGAAGCCCUCACAUGUCACCUACAUGAACAUUCAAAGCCCUCACAUGUCACCUAUGAACACUCAUAGCCCUCACAUGUCACCUAUGAACAAUCAAAGCCCUGACAUGUCACCUAAGAACACUAAAAACCCUCACAUGUCACCUACAUGAACACUCCUCUCAGUUAUCUUCCCAUGAAAGAAAGCAUGUUUAAGUCUCAUAGGUGAGAUGCAUCAGCAUUUUGUUCUGGUACUUCUGGUCUUACAAAUGUUUCUUCUCAAAGCAGAGCUCCUUUUCCACCAACAUUUCCAGGAAUUUUUAUUCUUAUUUACCCGAGUUAAAACAUUCCUGAAACUGUUUUCAGGCCUUGGACUUGUGAAAGGACACACCCCCACUUUUUACAGCAGGAAGGGGAUUCACACGGCCUCGUUUGUUGCAGUUCACCUGAAACGGGAAACGUGACAAAUUUAGCAGUGCACGGUCAAUUUUAGUUGCCAGGGGUCCAAACUUUUUUUGGGAAAAUUGAUAUUUUUCACUUUCAAACCGAUUAAAUAUUUAUUUCACAGCAUACCUUUGACUUUUGUUAAAGGUGCCCAAAAGGGUCCCAGUCCUUAAAGUGUUACAGAUAAGUCAUAUUUUAUUGUAUUUACUGCUUUAGCUUCUAUUAAUCCACUUCAGAUCUAUUCAAUGACUUUAAAAUUACAUUUUUCUAACGUUAAACCAUACACAAAAUAUGCAAUAUCCCCCCCCCCAAAAAAAAAUUUAAGUGGAAUAUUUGAUGUGAAAAAUGUAAUAUUUAUUUUUUAAUUAAAAAAAGCUUUGUGUUACAAUUAUUUUGUAGUAUUUUUAAAAUGAUCCGUAAUGAAAUAUACAGCAGGCCACACUUUGAGUUUCUUAAAAAAAAUUUUAUGGCAAUUUUACCUUUUACCACACCUUUUGCACAAUGAUUAACGCCCCCCUCUGCCCCUUACACAAGACCCGCCCAGUAAUGCUGCCGUAUGAAUCCCCUCCCCCCUGCAAGUACUUUGGUGGACAAAGCCCCCAGGUGAAUAAAUGGUGUGGAAAAGAGGCUCUUGCUGUUUUUGGCUGGCCUGUCGUGGAGGUGUUUUAUUUCUCUGUCAAAUGUAGCCAAGGUGACAAAGAAUUGUCUGUACUGUGAGUCAUUACAUCCCAAAGGAACGGAGGGAGACUCCUCUUUGUGACCCCCAGCACAGAGGACACGAAAAUCUUUUGUUUCAAAAAGAAACUGCAAGCUGUGAAGUCUUCAGUCGACAAGAGAAGCUUCAGUGUUGGAUGUCCGACUCUGUGCUGGAUUCUUAUUUAUGGGCUGGACCAGCAGGUCUCCAAUCCUGCGGGCGCUCUGGCUGGAGUCCUCUCAGCUCCCGCCACUUGGACAAUUGUCGCCCACAAUUCUUUCUUUUAUAUCACAUUUGUGUGUCCACUUUCUUGUCUUUUGACCUUCAGUGUUUGCGCUUCACUGAGAAUAACGUGUGACUUUGAGCCUGAUGAUGAUGAUGUAUGCUUUGCAAAAUGGUGUGGGACGCUCUUGUUGUUGUUGUUGUUGUUGUUUUCCUUUUUGGUUGAAGGUGGUUUACUUUGUUACAAUUGUGAGUUGCAAUUUUAUACUUCCAAAUAGAGGUUGGACUAUGUAAUCAAACAAUGUAUCGAACAAUAAAAGACACAUGGUGCCUUUGGGGGGGCCAUUGUCCCCUUUAAA